AUGGAUCUUCAGGGGACAAAAGAGGCCCGGACCCAGGAGGAGGGUGCCGACGGUCCAUUAGACGCCUAUGGAGCUGGGAGCAGUCGCUCAAAUGAUUAUCGCAAGAACGAGAGGCGCGACUCUCAUAGCCAUGACAAACCGUCCAACGUGCGCCCGCUUCGUCGUCGGCAAUCACCCUUCACAUACCCGCCAGGAACCCGCCAACCUGCCUCCUCGUCCUCCACAACUUCGCGAAGAGAAUCCUCACCAUCCCCAGAAGCGACUGCAAUUCCAAAGGCCCUAGGGUUAAGUUCUCGAGAGCAGCGAAUAAUAUGCAAAGCGCGUCGGAACCCCCCAGUGACAAAGAAAACACUCAGCGAACUCGAUCUGCCCUGUAUAAUGAGCAACAUCAAUCUCCGCAUGGACGCCAAUUUCGAUCGUGAUCUACAUUUCAAACCCGAUCUGGAAGGUGAAAAGGGGCAUCGCAAACGGAAAGAAUCAACCGAUUAUUGGGAUUCAAUGGCCACGGAAAUUGCGAUCUAUGCGUAUCAUGCUGCUAACCCCGGCGAUGCAGAGGAUCAAUCCGGUCAGAGUCCCCAGCGCACAUUUGAGCCUCGUCUACCAGCUAUGUUUGAGACCCUACAGGAAGUGAUUAAAACUCUGGUUCCUGAACGAGAUCACCCGAGCGUUAUGCAGAAUUUGGAGGUGCCCUUGCUCAUGCAGCAAAUCCGCAAGGGUGUUCUCGAUAUGGUCGCGCUAGCGACUUGGAUGGCGGCUUUACUCAAGACGCACUGUGCUCCGAUGCGCGAUGAAUGGGCAGAUCGAAUGCUCGAACAAAUCACAGAGGGAUCUCAAUCGCAGCAACCCAAGGAAAUCGUCAAUGGACUACGGACACUCUUCGGCGUACUAGAGGCAAUGAAAUUGGAUGUUGCCAAUCACCAAAUACGGACUUUUCGCGUUCUUCUCAUCGAGGAUACAGUACCCUUUCUGCAAGAAUAUUUCGAAGACAAAAUCAGCCGCGGGAGUUUCCAUGUAGAAUCCGCACGUGUAUGGUAUCUCGGCGCAAAAGAUCGCGCUCAACAAGAAGACGAGCAAAAGAGCCCUGUAACAAUUUCAUCUCCCCAACAAGAGGAUAUCAGACCCCUCGAGGUUUUCUUCCGCGGAAUAUCCGAUCAGCUUCUUCAAUUUACCCCUCCCGCUGAAUUCCCUGAAACCUUCCUCUUCGACUCAGAUCGACUCUGGCAACUUCGCUCCACGAUUCAAAGCCUCAUCAACCUCGAAAUCGCCUGGUAUAUCUUCGAAUCAUACGUAUAUACCCGAAACCGAUACCUCUCCGCCCGCGAAGAAACAUACUCUACCUUCCGCUCACGUAUCUGGUCCCUAAUGGAAGAUGGCCAAGACACGGAGAGCCGAGUCAUGAAUUCGAUGGACGAAGAGGACCCCGAUUUCCGCGGCAGUGCACGCUGGAUACAGAACAUGCGCAGUAUCGCGCUUGAAAUUGCACGCUUUGCCUGCGCAGCCUGUAGUCUUGAUUCCAUCGUUGCCGAUGAAGUCAUUUCACCUAUCGAAGCAGCUCUCGAAUGGCAUCUCUCCAAUGAGACCGAUCUCUUCCAUUACUUCCAAAAUGCCAUGCGCGAGAAGAUCCUAGAAGCUACCAUUUCUUCUGCCCGCAAAUAUCUUCCUCUAUCACCACUCGCCAUUUGUGAAUCUCAGCGUGUUGCACCCGCUUCUUCAAAUACCGGUCCCCUGGUAUCUACCGGACCUUCCACACAUCCUAACUCUCACUCGCAUCCUGCCUCCAAUAAUAACAUGCAGCCCGCGCCACCUCAACAACACGAUAUAGAGCGCAUUGGUAUGCGUCUCGCUCACCUGGGUGUUCUACACUGGCGCGUAUGGGCUCCGCUCUUGUAUCUGCGAGACGAACUCGCAGACCUCGACUUGGGCACUGGCGCCUUCGUAUAA